AUGUUUACAAUAUUGAUUACCUACAAAGAAGGUAGAGUAUCAAGGGAGUAUCAAGUUCUUGUUUUCGCAUCCUUGUUGGCUUUUGCUAAUGCUGGGAUUUAUGGUGAAGCUCCAUUAGCUCUUGCUGGUACUCCUGUAGUAUCAGCUUACUCUUCAAGCCCACUGUUGACGGCUCCUGCUAUAUCCAAAUCUGUUGUUCAAACAUACACAAGCCACGCUGCCCCUGUAGCUGUUGCUGCUCCAGUUGUUGCCAAAGCUGCCCCAUUGGUGUCCGCAUAUUCCGCUCCACUGGCUCUACCAGCACAUGGACCAGUAUUGUCUGCUUACUCAUCUCCGUUAUCCUACGCCGCACCUGCACCUGUUGUUUCAACUUACUCUUCUCCAGUUGUUUCCGCUUACUCGUCCCCCGUUGUAUCUGCUUACUCGUCCCCCGUUGUAUCUGCUUAUUCAGCUCCAGUUGUUGCCAAAAGUGUAGCCAAUGUAGCUUAUCCUUCACAUGGUCCAGUGGUAUCCGCCUACUCUGCACCAAUUGUUACUAAAAGUUUAUCUCCAGCACCAAUUGCUUAUGCCGGACAUGUAGCUCCAGUAGUAUCUGCUUAUUCUGCUGGACAUAUUGCACAACCUUGGUAA